GAAUGCAAGCGUCUGAAAUACUCGGAAUGGGUAUAACAACAACAACAACAACAAGUUAUGCCACGAAGUUCCAUUUGUCAAUGGCAAUGCAGAUUUUCUUCACGAUUUCUUUGAGCAUAUGAUCGCAGUUUGCUUGCCAGUAACGGAACUAUUCCCGAACUAGCUAGUGUGUUUGUUUCCCAGCCAUGUUUGGAUGGAUGUGUCUUGAUUGCUGACCACUCGGGACGGUCUGCAGGUACACUCUAUUUCCGCCGUCCCUCUACAGGAUGGGAUGCAUGUGUGGCAAGGAGGCAGUCACCAUCAACAGCCGCAGGUUCUAUGUGCGCUCACGGCUUGGAGAGGGUGGAUUCAGUGUUGUAGACCUGUUAGAGGAGGCGAGGACUCAUGCCUUGUUUGCCAUGAAGAGAAUCACGUGUCACGGGCCUGCUGAUGAGCGCCUGGCUCUUCGGGAGGUGGAGGUGAUGAGGGCCCUUAGGCACCGGCACAUCGUCCCCCUGGAGGAGUACUGCCAGAUCACCAUCGGCAGGCAUGACCAGUCACAGGACACCAUCUCAGAGGUCCUGCUGAUCAUGCCUUACUAUAAGAGAGGGUCACUACAGGAGAAAUUGGACGCCUUGAAGCGCAGGAAUGAGAGGCUUGCUGAGGGGGAUAUCUGGAGGGUGUUCACAGGUGUUCUACAGGCUGUCCAAGCCAUGCACAGACAUGACCCUCCAUACUCCCACAGGGAUAUCAAGCCAGGCAAUGUGAUGAUGGAUGAUGCAGGGGAGGCUAUUCUGAUGGACCUGGGCUCGGCCAGCCCUGCCAGGCUGCAGGUGACCACACGCUCAGAGGCUCAGGCCCUGCAGGAUGAGGCUGCUGAGCGCUGCUCCAUGUUGUUCAGACCCCCAGAGCUGUUCAGUGUGGAGCCAGGAGCCAGCAUUGACGAGCGCACAGAUGUCUGGUCACUGGGAUGCUUUCUGUAUGCGAUGGCGUUUGGGGAGUCUCCAUUUGAGAAGGUCUACCAGAGAGGGGACAGUAUUGCCUUGGCUGUCAUGUCACAGAAUGUCUCAUUCCCAACACACAGUUACUCUGUUAAACUGGAAGAAUGUAUUCGGCUGUGUCUGGUUGUCAACCAAAUGGAGCGUCCCUUCAUAGAGCGGGUGAUGGAGGCAGCAGCUCUCUGACCUUGGGGGUGACUCUCUGACCCCGGGCAUGACUCUCUGACCCUGGGCACAGACUUCUGACCCUGAGAACUGCUGGCCACAUGAAAACGGGCAUGCUGGCCACAUGAAUACGGGCACGCUGGCCAAAUGAAUCCGGGCAUGCUGGCCACAUAUCCACACCAGACAACAAGCAGACUGGCUUUGCAAGCAUGUUCUGUAACAUUCAAAUGUUUGUUGACCUGCUUUGUUGUCACGGGACAUGUUCUAUCCAAGACUAAAUCAAUCAGUGUGAUCAGAUUGGACAAUGACACAUUCCUGUAUCAUAAGUAAUCAAUGGAAACAUGUGCAACCAAUGGGAUGGUAAAAAUGCGGGUGCCAACAUGUUUUUGUCAGUGCAAACUCUGAUAGGAUUAUCUAUCAACUUAUUGCUCAUCUUCAAUUUCAUACUUGUGUUCGCCUGUAUGGUGUAUUCCUUGGCAUGAUAAGUGCUUAAUUGGAUAUUAAUAAAGGUCAACCAUCACUAGUUACAGAUUUACAAAUUGAUAAUGAUGCAUAUAUGCAUUCCAAUAUGACAUUGUGAUCUUGUUGAGUGAUUAUUACGAAUGCAAGUGAUUUCAUUCGGGGGUAUUGGGGACAGAUAGCAUGCAGUCUAAUAAAUACAUUGGUGUCUAAUAAAUUUGUGUUAUGUUACACUAUGAAAUUUAUAUACACAAUAACCUGUAUACAUGAUAUUAAAUGCAUAAUUAGAUGACUUAUGACUUGCAUCAUCUAUGUACAAAAGGGGAAUCAUGUAAGAACAUAAGAGGAAUCAUGUAAGAACAUAAGGGGAUUCAUGUAAGAACAUACGGGGAAUCAUGUGAGAAUAUAAGGGGAAUCAUGUAAGAACAUAAGGGAAAUUAUGUAAGAACAUAGGGGAAUCAUGUAAGAACAUAAGGGGAAUCAUGUAAGACCACAAGGGGAAUCAUGUAAGAACAUAAUGGGAACCAUGUAUGAACAUAAGGGGAACCAUGUAUGAACAUAAGGGGAAUCAUGUAAGAACAUAAGGGGAACACAUACAACUCAGCUGUUGUGUGUUGUCUGGUGGGGACCAUAAUUCUUUGUUGUAUAUAUUAUUAUCAUCUAAUCAUACAAAUAUGGUGGCAAAAAUGCAAUUACUUUUGAUUAUGGCUUGUGGGCGUGGGUAUUUUACUCAGUAGACCAUGAAAUGUUUAUCAUUUUAUGUUUCACUCUUCAUUGUAUUGGAACACCAUAGCAUCGCCAUCUAAACUGACAAGCCUGUGGUUGAACGUAAUAACAUCAUUUGUUUUGCCCUGAACACAAUAUUGUAUUUACAUAUAUUAUUUAUUUCAUUUGUUCAUGCAUGUUUAUUGUUAUCUCUGUAUUUGAUUAUAAAAGUAUAAACACUUUA